AUGAAUUCACAAUUAUAGGGAAUUCCAGAUAACUUGGAUUAGAAAUUAGAAUUUUUUAAUGAGCGUAAACAACAGGAACUCCAGAAGAGGGCUAGAAUACUAAAAUACUCUCAUUUAAAAAGCAAAGGCUAUACUUUUGGUUUGGGUAGAAAUCCUAUGGAAAAACAAUUAGAAACUCCAGGGCCAGGUCAUUAUAUAACUCAAUAGUCUGAAACUCCAAUCAGUUACAGUAUGGGUGUAAGACUCAAUCAGAAAGGUAAUUGUAAUAGCAUUGCAUUAGUUCAUAAAUUUGAGGCUCCUCCUUUGGGAACUUAUGAAAUCAAAGGUUUAGAUAAAUAUGGUUAUUAUACUAACUCCAAAUUUAAAAAUGCUUGUGCAACUCUCUUCAGUCCGCUGAAAAACAGUAAUGCUAAACAAUCAAUUGUAACUCCAGGUCCUGGUGAUUAUGAAUUACCAGGAAGUAUUAAUUCAAGAGGGAAGUAUUUCGUUUCUAAUUUUAAAACAAAUCAAGGUUGGGCUCUUGGUAAAAAAUCACUUUCUCAAAGAAAGGCUUAUUAUUGA